UGCUCCCUGAUCCAAAGAAAUCCAAGCGUUUCUGUCUCUUCCUCCACCAUCUACUCCUCCUCUGCAAAUCACUUUCGUCAAGAGAUUCGACUUCUGUUACAAUGGAAACCCUGAACCUCCCAUCGAAGACCACCAAAACCACGAAAUCUUGUACUCCGGCGAAACCGACGAACCCCGAUUCAACGGCUUCGAAGGUUCGAGUGAUUGUAAGGGUACGCGCCUUUCUCCCUCACGAGAUUGCCUCAGGAAAUCGAAACCCGACCUCCUGUAUUUCGGCAAUUGAAAAAGAUUUUCUGCCUCGUGAAGAAGUUGCCGUCCAUCUCAAGGAUCCUUAUACCAGACGAAGCGAGUGCUAUCAACUAGACUCGUUCUUUAGCCAAGAAGACAAUAAUGUGAACCAGAUCUUUGAGAGAGAAGUGAGCCCCUUUAUUCCUGGGAUUUUUAGCGGUUGCAACGCUACAGUGUUCGCUUAUGGGGCUACCGGAAGUGGAAAGACUUAUACAAUGCAGGGGAAUGAUGAUCGGCCAGGUCUUAUGCGAUUGGCAAUGUCCACAAUUCUCUCAUUGUGCCAGAUCAUGGGAAGCACGGCAGAGAUUUCAUACUUUGAGAUAUAUAUGGACAGGUGCUAUGAUCUUUUAGAACUCAAAGCUAAGGAAAUUACAGUUUUGGAUGACAAAGAUGGGCAAACACAUCUCCGGGGUUUAUCUCGUGCCCUUGUCACUUCUAUAUCUGAAUUUCAAGAGGUCUUCUCUUGCGGAGUUCAGAGACGGAAAGUUGCUCAUACGGAUCUUAAUGACGUCUCUAGUAGAAGCCAUGGAGUGCUAGUGAUUUCUGUUUCCACUCCUUGUGGUGAUGGUUCUGGUUCUGUGGUCUCUGGGAAACUGAACCUAAUAGACUUGGCAGGUAAUGAAGAUAACAAAAGAACUUGCAAUGAAGGUAUACGGCUCCUGGAGAGUGCCAAGAUCAACCAAUCCUUGUUCGCGUUGUCUAAUGUUAUUUAUGCACUGAAUAACAACAAACCACGAGUGCCCUACCGGGAUUGUAAGCUAACCCGUAUAUUGCAGGAUUCUCUUGGAGGAACGAGUCGUGCUUUGAUGAUUGCUUGUCUGAAUCCUUGUGAGUUCGAAGAAUCUGUUCAUACAGUCAGCUUGGCCGCUAGGUCACGCCACAUAUCCAAUUUUGUUUCUUCGUCUCAAAAGUUGGAGACUCCAAAGGUAAAAAUUGAUAUGGAAGCAAAAUUGAGAGCCUGGCUUGAAUCAAAAGGCAAGACAAAGAGUGCACAAAGAUCAUGUGCAUUUGGUUCUCCCUUGCCAGGAAAAACUCCAAAACCCGUAAGCUAUAUUAAGAAAACUAACAAUCAUAGUUCUGUUAAAGGCCAUGCUGCUACACACCAGGGUGCUCCUAAGGAAAGGACCUUAUCCGUGCCUUCCAAAAAUUUAUUUAUGAACAAAUGUCUUGCCGACGACUUAGAGAAUCUGUGCUUUGAUGCUGAAGACAAAAAGGAAGAAGGUAAUGAUUGCACAAGUGAGAUUGUUUCAGAAUCAACUGCAUGCUUAGCAGAUGAACAACCAGGCGAUGAGGAGAAAAUAUCUCUCAUGAGUUCUGCUAAUUCUUUGGUAUCUUCACCUGCUAGUGGCAGAAAAAAUGCAGCACAAAGUCCUUGCAGGAAAGUUCUCUCUCCCAUCAAUAACAAUGUCAACUGUGAACCAUUUGACGAAUCAUCUCUCUCAAAAAUUUCUUUUUCAACCCUCCUUGAGCCAAAGACUCCAAAAACACCUUUCAUGGAAAACAGUGGACACGGCAAUCGCCAAAAUUUCCACACCCCAAUUGAUAAAUUUAACGCCAUGAGUUGUAGUUUUAAGAGCUCUCUUAUCCAAGAAUAUGUUGACUUCUUAAACACAGCCAGCAGAGAUGAACUAAUGGAGCUGAAGGGGAUUGGAAUGAAGAUGGCAGAUUAUAUUGUCAAUCUCAGAGAAACAAGCCCCCUUUGAAAUUGCUAAGUGAUUUGGAAAAAAUCGGUCUCUCGUCUAAGCAGGUUUAUAACUUGUUCAGAAAAGCUGCAACAGGAAUAUUCGAUAGAGAAGACAGUCCAACACCUUGUUGUGCAGAGCCAGAGACUUCAAGGGUCAACCAAACUCUACCAAAUUAUCCUCUGUUUUCCAAUCAUUUGUAAGAAGACUGCUUCUCUAAUCCUAAAUUUUAUGGUAUUUGAUAAGUCCCAAAUUUGUGUAAAUGAUAUCAUGUACCCAGAUCUUGAACCAUUCACAACUUAUAUGAAAGUGAUUUAAUUUAUCCAAAUUUGACUGAUCUCCAUCAAAAGUUUCAAGCUUUGAAGACAUAUAUCUUCUAUGUAAUGCCAGCGAACAAGUGAAGAACAUGAAUAUAAAAACAGAACAAGAUAGGAAAGGAGUAUCAUUCAUUCAACACUAUCUUUCAACAUAGUCUUACACAUGCAUAAAACCAUAAAACGCCAUUUAUUUGUACAGGAAAACCAAACAACAACAAACAACUGCCGACGCAGAAGACAAACCAACGCUGCUUUAUUAUAUUACGCUUAAUAGAUCUAAGGAGACC